AUGGGUGGAGACGUUCUCCGACAAGCUCCCAGCACCCUGCCACGCGCGCCCGAUGGCCCUGUCGGACAACGCAUACGGAGCAUCUACACCGACCGUCUAAACCAGUUCACCUCCAGCGGUCAGUACCAAAACCAGAACUUGCUAGGGAAGUUAUUCGAGGCUACAAACUCCGACGAGGACCACGUUAAGCUCUCCGUAUACUCGGUUCCUGAUCUGAAACGUCCUACCUUCGAGGAAGCCACCUCCAAUGAGUUCCAGCCCACACACAUCGGGGCCUCCUUCGGCCCCAGCUGGUCCACGCAUUGGUUCCGCAUCCGCUUGACUAUACCCGAAGAUAUGCGCGACAAGGAGCGCCUUGAGUUCCACUGGGAUGCGAAUAACGAAGGCUUGGUCUGGACCGAAGAUGGCCACCCGUUGCAGGGUCUCACCGGUGGUGGAGAGCGAAUCGAGUGGAUUAUCCCUGACGCCUGGCGCGACGGGAACGAGCAUGUCUUUUACAUUGAGAUGGCGUGCAAUAAGAUGUUUGGAAAUGCCCCUGGCGGUGACUCAAUCCAACCACCGAGACCGGAUAUGUACUAUACCCUGAACACUGCGCGGAUUACUGCAGUGAACUUGGAGGCGCGGGCGUUGUUCUAUGAUUUUUGGAUUAUCUCAGAUGCCGCCAGGGAGUUUCCCGCUGAGGGCUGGGAAUCCCACGAGGCCAAUGUGGUGGCUAAUUCCAUUAUUGAUGCGUUCAUUGCUGGCAAUGGGAGCCUGGAAGCCAUCAAAGAAGGUCGACGAAUUGCGCAAAAGUAUCUUGGUGACAAGGUCGAUUCCGCCGAAGUGUAUGAUAGCGGCACGCAGCCUCUAGUUUACGGCAUAGGGCACUGUCAUAUCGAUACCUGCUGGCUUUGGCCGUGGGCAGAAACCAAGCGUAAAGUCGCAAGGUCAUGGUCCAACCAGUGCGAUCUCAUGGACCGCUACCCUGAGCACCGUUUUGCUUGUUCGCAGGCUCAGCAAUUCAAGUGGCUUAAGCAGUACUACCCCUCUGUAUUUGACCGCGUCAAAGGAUGGGUAAAGAAAGGCCACUUUCAACCAAUCGGUGGUAGCUGGGUUGAGCACGAUACCAACAUGCCUAGCGGAGAGUCGCUGGUGAGGCAAUUUAUCUACGGGCAAAGGUUCUUCGAGAGCAACUUUGGUGAACGAUGCACGACUUUCUGGCUCCCGGACACCUUUGGCUAUUCCACGCAGAUUCCACAGCUAUGUCGGCUAGCUGGCAUGAGCCGGUUCUUCACGCAGAAGCUCAGCUGGAAUAAUAUCAACAACUUUCCGCAUACAACCUUUCAAUGGGUUGCGCUUGACGGGACCCAAGUGAUGUGCCAUAUGCCGCCAUCAGAGACAUACACGGCGGAAGCUCACUUUGGUGACCUGAAGCGCAGUAUAUCCCAGCACAAAUCUCUUGACAAUGAUAAUACCUCACUUCUUGUCUUUGGUAAGGGCGACGGUGGUGGUGGGCCUACGUUUGAACAUUUAGAGAAGCUUCGUCGCUGCCGUGGCCUGAGUGACAAGAAAGGUCUGCUUCCGCGGGCGGCGAUGGGUGGAUCGGUUGACGAUUUCUUUGCAAGUCUUGAGAAGAAGGCCGCAGACGGCACUAAGUUCCCAACGUGGUAUGGGGAGCUCUAUUUUGAGCUGCACCGUGGCACAUACACGACGCAGGCGAACAACAAGCGCAACAACCGUCGAGCCGAAUUCUUGCUCCGCGAACUAGAGUUCCUGGCUACGAUUGCGUCCGUGACCCAAUCUGGAUACGAGUACCCGAAGAAGGAUAUUGAUGAGAUGUGGGAGGGAGUCCUUCUUUGUCAAUUUCAUGACUGCCUGCCAGGUAGUUGUAUUGAGAUGUGCUAUGACGAUUCGGACGAACUUUACGCUCAAGUAUUCGAGACUGGUCUGAAAGCAAGGGAGGCAGCUCUUGAGGCGCUCGGACUUAGUAAGACUGGCACCAUUCCAGUUGCGAUCAAUACCCUACCUUGGGAGAGGUCCGAGGUAGUCAGGCUUCCUCCAGCAGUAGCCUCCCAGGGCUCCAAGCAUGCUCUAGUGAGCGGCGGUCCUGGCGUCGUGUCUCACUCCAAGUGUGCAAUCAAGGCUGCUAAGGUCAGCGUGAAUGAGAUCAAGCCGGGCUUCUUCCGUCUUGACAACGGCAAACUGAGGGUCGAUGUGCAAGACGGCCUCAUCACCUCUCUGUAUGAUGUUGAGGCAGACCGCGAAGUCAUUGCUGCCGGCGGCAAGGCUGGCCAGUUGGUGGUCUUUGAUGACAAGCCGCUCUAUUGGCAGGCAUGGGACGUCGAAGUCUUCCACCUUGAAUCUAGGAAGGAAUUGCAGUCUAGUAAAACCACCGUUGCAGAGAACGACCCCUACCGCGUCAGCGUCGUCACCGACACAAAGAUCAGCGAGAACAGUUGGGUUAAGACGACCAUAAGCCUUGCUGCCGCAGAGGAGAAGAGGCAGUCUUAUGUCGAAUUCGAAAGCGAAGUCGAAUGGCAGGAAACCAUGAAGUUCCUCAAAGUCGAGUUCCCCGUCGACAUCACAAACACUGAAGCCUCCUACGAAACUCAGUAUGGAAUUAUAAGACGCCCAACGCACUACAACACAAGCUGGGACAUGGCCAAGUUCGAAGUCUGCACGCACAAAUGGGCCGACCUCUCCGAGAACGGCUACGGCGUAUCCAUCCUCAACGACUCCAAAUACGGCUUCGCAACCUGCGGCAACCUAAUGCGUCUUUCCCUUCUCCGAGCCCCCAAGGCCCCAGACGCCCACGCCGACAUGGGCCGCCAUACAAUCCGCUACGCUAUCCUCCCCCAUACCGGCCCUCUAGACUUCCGAACAGUCCGCGCCGGCUACGAAUUCAACCACCCGCUCAUCCUUGACUCCUCUCUAGCGCUGCCCGACGAACAAAGCGUCUCCGCAGUCACCGCGCUCCUCCGUAACAUCGAGCUCACUGGCUCUCCAUCGCUGAUCCUGGAUGCCGUCAAGCGCGGCGAAGACGAUGAGGAUAUCGUCAGUGAUCCUGACAUCGCUCUUCCCAGUGCGAAACGGGCCGGGCAGAGUAUCAUCCUGCGCAUAUAUGAAAGUCUUGGCGGGAAGAGUCGGGGCACAAUUAGAACUGCCUUCCCGGUGAAGAAGGUCUGGAAGACUAAUGUUCUUGAAGAUGAUGGGGACGAGAUGGGUCUUGUGGACGAUGGCGAGGGUUGGAAAAAGGUUAAUAUUGAGUUGAGGGCUUUUGAGGUUGCGACGUUUAGGUUGCAGUUAUAG